AUGGCACCGCUCAAAUCAGCCCUCUCGCACCAAGAAAUGCAGGAUCUCGUGGCACCUGGACUCAAGAAACCACUGCUGGAUGACCUCCUUCCCCGACCCACUCGUCGUUCGUAUCCUCUAUCUCUGAGCCUUACUCCGCCACCGGAAACCAAGGAGAUUGAGCAGCCGGGCUUUGUUUACUUCGGCCUGCUUCCCCCCGAGGUCCGUCUGAGUAUUUGGCGAUUUUGUCUUCCCGGUCCACGACUGGUCCCGGUCCGCUACCGACAUGAGACCACAACCUACACAUCUCGAAUCCACGGCCCAAAAUGCCUCAGCAUCAACCGGGAGUCUCGCGAUGAAGCACUCAGAUUCUACCACGAAUUACGCAUUGGCCCUUACCGGAACGUCGGCUGCUACGUCGAUCUCAGCAUCGACACCGUCUACUUCCGAGCCAGCCUCUAUGGACACAAAAACAACAUAUCCUAUCAAACCCGAAUGACAAUACCCGCAACUCGCGGCCAUUUCUUCCACUACCACCGAGCCGUUAACGUCGAGGGUACGGAAGUCGCCGACGAUCUCGUUCCCAUCCGGAUGCACUCCAAGAUCGUCAUCGACGACCUUCUCCAUAGCCUCGACAGCCCGAUCAUCCUGGAGAACCUGCACACAGACCAAGAUACCUGGUUCUCCAUCCAAGGCUUCUACAGAUGCAACCGCCACUUGCACCCAAUCCUGAUCUCAAAGCUGACGCUCGUGAGCGAGCGGAAACCAUAUGGUAGGAAAACCAAACCGUACUUGCGAGACCCCGUCUGGCCCACAAAGGAGGAGAGGCCUAUGCAAGACUACUUUUCACCGAGGACGGAAACGGAGAAUCACGAAACGCAGUUUAGGCUGGAGUUGCCGGACUUGAUGUGGCCCUCGAGCGACAUGCGUGCCACGAGCUAUCCGGAUGAUGAGGUAGCCCUCGAUAAGCACAUGGCACGAAUAAAGGAGAGGAUCUGGGAUGCCCAUUGCAAGAGUAACUGGCUUGAUUGGAUGGCGAAUGACAAGGUGGCUAAGCGCUUGUUUGUCAAGAUUGAGGUCAAGGUUAUGUCCGAAAGUAUGGACGGUAUGCUGGGCGAUUGA